AAAAUUAUCAACACGAAUAUUUGAACAUGCGACGCGGCUGCUCGCUGUUGUCAAAAUAAUCAUCAUCGUGUCAGUGUUAUUUGUUUUAUUUUCUUGAUAAUGUUUUUGAAUAAUUUAUUUGUGGCACAGAUAUUGGUCUAGCCAGGUAAGUGUACCAAUUUAUCAGGAUAAUGGAAAAAAAUAAAAACUCGUCGUCCAGUACGACAUCGUCUACAACCUCGAAAACGGAAAAAAAGGAACCUCUAUCACUGGAGGAACUGUUGGCCAAAAAAAAAGCCGAAGAAUUGGCUAGGAGCAAACCAGUGUUUUUGACCAAAGAACAACGAGCAGCUGAAGCUCUGCGAAAGAGACAAGAAGAAGUUGAAGGAGUUAAAAAAAAGCAAGAAGAGGAACGUAAGAAGCGUUUAGAAUUCUUGCACCAAGCAGAUGGAGGGCAUGGCAGUAGUCAUAGAGACGAUCGUGAGCGUGAUAGAGAUCACCAUAGAGACAGGGAUCGGGAUCGAGAUAGGGAUAGAGAACAUGACCGUCGAGAACGAGAACGUAAAAAAGAAAAAAAAGAAGAACCAGAAGACAAGGAACAGUUUAAAGACAAAGAAAAAGAACAAGAAGCUAUACGAGAACGUUAUUUGGGAUUAACGAAAAAAAAAAGACGUGUUAGACGAUUGAAUGAUAGAAAAUUUGUUUUUGAUUGGGAUGCAUCUGAAGAUACAUCCAUUGAUUAUAAUGCUUUAUAUAAGGAGCGUCACCAAGUACAGUUUUUUGGUCGUGGUAAUGUGGCUGGUAUUGAUAUUAAAGCUCAAAAGAAAGAUCAAUCAAAAUUCUAUGGUGAACUCAUGGAAAAACGUAGAACUGAAGCUGAAAAAGAGCAAGAAAAGGUAAGGUUAAAAAAAGUUAAAAGGAAAGAAGAUAAACAGAAAUGGGAUGAUAGACAUUGGUCAGAAAAAGAAUUGGAUGAAAUGACUGAAAGAGAUUGGAGAAUAUUUAGAGAAGAUUAUAAUAUAACUAUUAAAGGGGGUAAAAUUCCUGAACCUAUUCGUAAGUGGAAAGAAUCUACAAUUAAAAGUGAAAUCAUGGAAAUUAUCGAAAAAGUUGGCUAUAAGGAUCCAACACCUAUUCAACGACAAGCAAUUCCAAUUGGUUUUCAAAAUCGUGAUAUCAUUGGUGUUGCCGAAACUGGUUCUGGAAAAACAUUGGCUUAUCUUAUUCCUCUUAUUGAAUGGAUCCAGUCUUUACCUAAAAUGGAACGGAUGGAAGAUGUUGAUCAAGGUCCUUAUUCAAUUAUAUUGGCACCGACUCGUGAAUUGGCUCAACAGAUAGAAGAAGAAACAUUAAAGUUUGGUCAACCAUUGGGUAUAAGAACUGUUGUUGUUGUUGGAGGUUUAUCCAGAGAAGAACAAGGAUUCAGAUUACGAUUAGGAUGUGAAAUCGUUAUCGCAACACCAGGUCGUUUGAUUGAUGUUUUGGAAAACAGGUAUUUAGUUUUAAAUCAGUGUACCUACAUAGUGUUGGAUGAAGCUGACCGUAUGAUUGAUAUGGGUUUUGAACCAGAUGUUCAAAAAAUCUUAGAAUAUAUGCCUGUAACAAAUUUGAAGCCAGAUAAUGAGGAUGCUGAAGACGAAUCUAAAUUAUUAGCAAAUUAUUAUUCAAAGAAAAAAUAUAGACAAACUGUUAUGUUCACGGCUACUAUGCCUCCAGCUGUAGAACGUUUGGCUCGAACAUAUUUACGUCGUCCUGCAGUAGUUUACAUUGGAUCUAUAGGUAAACCUGUAGAACGAACAGAACAAAUAGUGCACAUGAUGAGUGAAAAUGAUAAGCGUAAAAGACUUGUUGAAAUCCUCAGUAGAAAAGUUGAACCACCAAUUAUUAUAUUUGUCAACCAAAAGAAAGGUGCUGAUGUACUGGCCAAGGGUCUGGAAAAACUUGGGUACAAUGCUUGUACACUUCAUGGCGGUAAAGGACAAGAACAGAGAGAAUUUGCUCUGGCAAGUCUUAAAGGUGGUCAAAAAGAUAUUUUGGUUGCUACUGAUGUUGUUGGUCGUGGUAUUGAUAUUAAAGAUGUAUCUAUGGUUAUCAAUUAUGAUAUGGCUAAAUCUAUUGAAGAUUAUACUCAUCGUAUUGGACGUACUGGUCGUGCCGGAAAGACUGGAGUGGCAAUUUCAUUUUUAACAAAAGACGAUUCACCAUUAUUUUAUGAUCUCAAACAAGUCAUUCAGGCUAGUCCGGUAUCGACAUGUCCUCCAGAGUUGGCUAAUCAUCCAGAAGCACAACACAAACCUGGCACUGUAAUGAUGCCCAAAAAGAGACGCGAAGAAAAGAUAUUUGCAUAAGUUUAAAAUAUAAUAAUAAACAAAAAAUAUAAAUACAACAAAAUUACAAAAAAAUUAUUUUUA